CGCUCGCGCUCAGUGUGCUACUGAAAUUCGAAAUACAAUAUCAGCCUUCGCAACCCACUUUCUCUCUCUAACAGACACACACACGGACAAGACGGAGAAAAACGGUGUCAAUGGCGAGCGAGGCGUCACUCUCCGACUCCGUCGACCCGCUGAGGGGAAUCAGUGGUCCACUGCUCUUUCCCCGCACCAUUAGACCGUCUGUCGACGUUCCGGUGCCGGUCGAUCCCAAAGACCUAGAUUCCAUCCACAAUUUCAUGAAAUCUUUGGAGUUAAGGAGUCCUGAAAAGCUCAUGAAUGAGGCCAAGAGAAUUGUGGAUGGAGGAGCAGAGUUUCUUGAAUCUAAACUUGGUAGUUUUGCUGAAAAUGUGGGCAUCACUGAUGCCAAUGCUGCAAAAGGGAAGGACAGACCACAAGAACGAAGGCCAGGUCUCCGCCUUGAUCGCAAGAGGGCUACAUUUUCUUUGAGGACCAGUGUUAGUCAGCCUUCAGUGAGCUUGGAGCCGACAUUGAACAUAGACCAACUUCAUGACCCAGAUGAAUUUUUUGAUGCUUAUGAGAGGAUGGAAAAUGCCAAAAAGGAAAUACAAAAACAGUUGGGUGGUAGCAUAGACAAUGUAAACCUUUAUGAACCAUCGAAUACCGCACGUCGCCGUCGACCAGGAAUUUUGGGUUACAGGAAGUCAUAUAAUUAUAAGCACCGCUACUCAUCAGAGCCUUCCGAAAACGAUAUGUUGAUGGCGUCCCAGAAAGCAGUGGAUCAGGACAUUCCAAGUGCACCUGAAGAUGAGUUACAAGAAAAGUUGGUGCAUCCAGAUCCAAAUCCUGAUGCUGAUUUAGCGGAAGUCGAACCAGCUGUAUCUACGAAGAAGACAGACAAUGAAGUGAGUGAUAUCUUGGAGGAAUUGUUAUCCUGUAAUAAUGAAGAUUUAGAGGGCGAUGGGGCUUUGAAUAUCUUGCAAGAAAAGUUGAAGAUCAAACCUCUUGAUCUGGGGAACCUAUACAUUACUGAAAUACCUGAUGAUGGAAGAACCAGUAUAUCUACUGUGACAGCAAGUUUGCAAAAACCUUGCAGGAGUUCACUGGUUAUUGAUAGUGUGCUGAAAAAUUUGACCAUGAAGUCACCUGUGGCAGACCCAGUUAAACCUGUAUCUUCACCAACUCCUCCAAGAAGUCCCUUUGCCUCUUUGUCUUUAUUGCAAAAGAGAAUCUUGCAACCUAAUCCCUUGAGAGAUCCAUUUUCACCAACACAUGUUGAUCUUUCUGCAUGCCAAAAUGCCUUUCCUGGCCCGUCUAAGGAUAAGCUACUUGAUCAGGUUGAUGUACCGAAAAUUUUGGGCAUGUCUAAUCAGUUGGAGUCCUGUAUAGAGGUUGAUAAUGCAGAACCUACAGUUUCUAAUACGGAUGCAGAGAAAGUGAUGGAAGAUGCAGAUAGUCUUCCUGAGCAGUUUGCCUAUGAGAAUGCGGGCGUACAAAGCUCAAAUGCCGAUAGCAGGACGCAUGAAGAAUCAGGCAACAACAUUGAGGAAACAAUGAACAAUGAUGCCAAUGGAUCAAAACCUUCUGAACUUGAAGAUGAGGCCAGAGAUGAUACAUCAAGCAGACGACCAAAUGAUCCAGAACAACAGCCGGAGGUACAUCAAGCCAAGCUACCUAGAGGAAAAAGAGUAGCAGGUGAAAAACGCAUCAGAAAGGCACAUCCCAUGAGGAAAAGUCUUGCAGAGUCUGGUACAUCAUUUGAAGCUGGAGUAAGGAGGAGCAAAAGAAUUAAGAGUAGGCCUCUGGAGUACUGGAAAGGAGAGAGAUUCUUAUAUGGGCGUGUGGAUAACAGCUUGAAGCUGAUAGGAGUAAAGUAUCUCUCCCCUGGGAAGGACACAGACAAUCUGAAAGUGAAGCCCUAUAUCGCAUCACAAUCGUCUGAAUAUCAGGAGCUCCUUGAACUGGCAGCUCGCCAUUGAGUCUCCUUACAAUAAUCUAAUGGGAUUGAAGGUUGGACCGUUCUACACCAAGCAAUAUGUAUCCCAGGAAGCAAUUACAUAUGCGGCGUUUAAACUUCUAGGGUAUGUUAUCUCACUUACAUCAUUGUCCACUUUGAGGAAAACAAAAUGCAUGACCUUAAUAGCCAUUAAUUUUCUAACAAAAAUGCUACUUGUAAUGUAUUUUAAGUUGUUUCCUCGUUAGAAUUGAGAACCAUCAUUGUCUCUUGUCGUGUUUCUUCUGAAAAUUUGACUUAUUGUGCAAUGUGGCUGUAGUUAUCAAGUAUUACACCUGCAAGUAUCCAAUAGACAUAGAUUUUUCUGAA